AUGGCCAUCAGAGAGGUCAGCAGGCUGCUGGCGGAGACACCACCUGAAUUCAGCCCCGAUGCGGCUUCCUGCCACACUCCUCCACCACCUGACGACGCGGCCAUCUCUUGCCUGCAGAGUCUCUCUGAAGAGGAAAGAGGGGGGAGGUUGUUAGAAGUGACCAAGGAGGGGGCAGUGGAAGAGCUGCGCGAGUUGCUGGGGGUGGAGGAAGUGGAGAAGGGGGUGGAGGAAGUGGAGAAGGGGGUGGAGGAAGUGGAGAAGGGGGUGGAGGAAGUGGAGAAGGGGGUGGAGGAAGUGGAGAAGGGGGUGGAGGAAGUGGAGAAGGGGGUGGAGGAAGUGGAGAAGGGGGUGGAGGAAGUGGAGAAGGGGGUGGAGGAAGUGGAGAAGGGGGUGGAGGAAGUGGAGAAGGGGGUGGAGGAAGUGGAGAAGGGGGUGGAGGAAGUGGAGAAGGGGGUGGAGGAAGUGGAGAAGGGGGUGGAGGAAGUGGAGAAGGGGGUGGAGGAAGUGGAGAAGGGGGUGGAGAAGGGGGUGGAGGAAGUGGAGAAGGGGGUGGAGGAAGUGGAGAAGGGGGUGGAGGAAGUGGAGAAGGGGGUGGAGGAGGUGGAGAAGGGGGUGGAGGAGGUGGAGGAGGCAAGGAGGAGGUGGAGGAGUGCACUCAGCGAUACAGAUCCACAUCCUGUGGACCUUUAUCCAAUGUCAAACUUGAAUCCAUGGGCACUGGUGUUCCACAGGUAG